CCGUGCGGCCCCGGUGCGGGGCUCGGGGGGGCGCCGCUCGGCUCCGCGCCGCCGUCAUUGGCGGCACCGGCGGCGCUGGGGCGCGGGGCGGGGAGGGAGCGCUCCCCCGCAGAGCCGCCGCUGCCGGGCCCGGCCAUGUGCCGAGAGGGUGUCUGCUGCCGGCUCGCCUGCUCGGCACCCUGAGCUGGCGUCCGCCUUCCUAGCCUUAUUUUUUUUAAUAUUUAUUAUUAUUAUUAUUUUUAUUUUUUAAAAAUUAUUAUUUUUAAUUGGUUUGUUUUCGCGUUGAUGCUCUCCGAGACUUCGGGAGACGCCGUCCCCACCUGAGCGAUCCAGCCACAAUUCCCCCGGUUGAAGGCUGUUAAUGGAGAAGAGGGCGGAUGACAGCCGGGACCGUGGUCAUCACAGGUGGAAUAUUAGCGACUGUCAUUUUGCUUUGUAUCAUCGCCGUCCUCUGCUACUGUAGGCUCCAGUACUACUGCUGCAAGAAGGAUGAGUCCGAAGAGGAUGAGGAGGAGCCCGACUUCGCCGUGCACUCCCACAUCCCGCCGCUCCACUGCAACCGCAACGUAGUGCUGACCAACGGCCCGUCCCUCUACUCCUCCUCACCCUUCGGCAAGAAGCCAACACCGAGCCGGCCCAGCUGCCCCGGCUGCGUGCCCUACGAGCCCCCCACCUUCUUCCUGCAGGAGCCCCCCGAGGACCUGCACAACGGGGGCGACCGGGUGAGCUACAAGACGGUGAGCCAGGAGGAUCUCGAUCUGCCGGUGAGCGUGGCCAACCUGCAGGCGCUCAACCCCAACCGGCUGUCGGCCAUGCGGGAAGCCUUCUCCCGCAGCCGCAGCAUAAGCACCGACGUGUGAGGCGCUGGCUGCCCGCCCAGCCCAGAGCAUCGCGUCCCACCUCCCCACAGCCGAGGGGGCUUUUAACAGCGGGGAGAACUUUUUGAAAUUUGUGGAAGAGUUUUGAAAAAGAAAAAAAAAAAAGAGAAAAAAAAAAAAGAAAAGAAUGUAUUUCUACGUUCUGUAGGCAGAGACGUGCGAAAUGGCAAUAUAAAGGGGUAGGAAGAACACAAACCCAGAAGGGGAGUACAGCGGAGGACGCAAGGUUUCCUAGUGCUGCGUUGCAUUUUUUUUGUUUGUUUGUUUUUAUAAAGAGGAUUUUGAUAUUGCGCAUCCUUUUAUACAGAGCAAACGCCCCUCCUCACCAUUGGGCGUGAGCGCUGAGUGGUGACAAGCAAGUGAUGGGGCACAGGGUUGGCUGACACCCCCUCCCAUACCCCCCACCCCCCCCAUCCCUCCAUGGUCCCAUAGCAAAGCAGGACUGCUGUUGCCCACCCCUCUGCCACCCCCUCCUGCACCCGUGUGUGUGUGCACAGCCCUGCCCCGCUCCCAGGCUGUCGCACUCCUCAAGUUGGUCAUUCAUUGCCGGGUGACAGGCGCGAUCCCCUCGGGGUUAGGAUGGCUGAUGGGCGCACAGCCUGUCCUUGUCCUUGGAGCCCCCAGAGCCGCUCUACGGCCCCCCCAGUGAAGCCGGGCUGGGGGGUUUUGCAAACCCAUUGCAUUGCCUGGCUAUGGAAAUAACACACGGCGCAAUUUUGGAGGGAGGAAUGCGCCCCUAACCGCCCCCUCCGAAUAAUCAGCCUGCCCGCUCCAAACAAUGCCAUACCUGACUGCUGAUUGAGGGCUGGGCGAGCAAGACCAAGACCAUGUACAUGCCCCCCCCGCUCCUGCAUGCACAUCCUCACAUUUGUGUUUGGGGUUGUUGGUUUUUUUUUUUUAGGAGGGGGGAAAAAAAAAAAAAGCCAUGGGACACUCUCCCCAUUCAGGAAUGUGUCAAAACACUUUAGAUUUAGGCAAAGCCAGCUCUUCUGCGUUUUCCAUCGUGCAGUUUCCCGUGGCCAGGGCUGCGGCCCUGGCUCAGCCCCGGCUCCAUUGGCCACCCUGGGUCGGGCCAGGGCUGCGCGGAGCCGGCCACCGAGCAAGUCCUUCUGCGCUAAAUGUCCGGCACAGGAGCCGUUUGGUUAAUUCCGUGCUUUGGGAGGAGGAAUCCCGCGUUGCAGCGCUGCCUCUGCGUGGACUCGUGCUUUGCUUUCUCCCGACCGUCUCGAUUCCUCCCCUCCAACCCUGCAAUACUCCCCAGUCUGUCUGACAAAACACCCUCUUUCUCCCGGAUUCUGCGUUAUUCAGGUUAAAAGCAUCGCGCUGGACUCGGGGACGGCCGGCGGAGGGUGGACUGGCUGCAAAGAGACUCUAAUGGCCUCAGCGCUGUGCUCCGGCUCAGCUUUUCUUUUUAAAGAUGCGACGGGAAGAAAAAAGCCGUGGCUUCCGCCCCGUGGGCUCCCGAACACUGUUUGCAGCCCAGCCAGAUAUUUUACUUUUAACUGCGAGGGCUUUUAAUUCCGCAGGAAAUCUUUUGAAGUACAAGUCCGUCUUUGCAAAUGAGUAUCUUUGACUUUCUCGGGGGGGUUCUGUUGGGGGUGGUGGGAUGGGAGUGGGGGCUGGGUUUCGUUUCGUACAUGUUUAAUAGUCUGGGCUUGGUCCCUGCGGCGCCGUGUCCCGGGAGCACGACGCCUCUGCUCUGGGGGUGGGGGGGACGGCAGCCGCCGCGGCCGCGCUCCUUGUACAGUUCUCACCGGGGUUUGUUUCCACGCAUCGAGCCUUCCUCUUCUUUGCAUCUUUUGUGACCAUACGUCUCCCCCCAGCCUUCCUCUCUCCCUUUUUUUUUUUUUUUCCUUUUUCUUUCUUUUUUCCUUCCCAUGUAGCUUGGGAACUAAGCAACCGAUCGGCGUUCACUAACCUUCACCUGGUGAUCUGUUGUACAGGGCUUUGGGAAACGCGGGG